AUGACUGUAAAUCUUCAAAGUGAACGGGCAUUCAUCGGAGUCGUUGGGAAUAUCGCCAGGCAUUUGUUGAAACUCCGGUACUUCGUGGCGACCGGCGUCAUUGGAGGCAGUGUCGCAGCUAGAACGGUUUGAAAUUUCUCGAUAUCUUCGUAAUUGUCCAUGCUUACCAUAAAUUCUAUCGUUAUCAUAAGUUGGCAAGUACAGAACUCAAAAAUCACAGAAGGCUUACCUAAUUUUUGAAAAUUAAAUGAAAAAAAUGAACUUUAGUCUCGAGUAUAUGAAUUUCAAUAAAGUUCCAACUUCAGGAGGUAGUGUGGAAACUUCGCUGAAGGGUAAUUUAGGACCUCUUGAUUGCAAAAUAAAAAAAUUUUUUGAGUUAUGAAGCUUCAAAGUGCGCAAAAUACGCAAAUUGGGACAAAAAAGGGGUGGUAUGAAAAAGACCAGCGAAAAAUUCAAAAGGCGACUUUUCCGAUUUUUUUGAUAUCGCUACGGAACUUUCCGACGGCCACCUUUUCCGACUAAUCUUUUUCCGACUUUUUUUCUCGAUAAACGCUUCGUUUUAAAUCUUCCUAUAUAAAGUAGAAAAAGUUAUUCAUGAUUAAAACGCAAAAAAAUAGGGAAAAGAAAAGUUAAUAGAUGUGUUAUAAACUGAAAAACAUAAGGGGAAAAAGUCGGAAAAAGUUUCGUCGGAAAGGUGGCCGUCGGAAAGUUCCCUAGCGAAAUGAAAAAAUCGGAAAAGUCGCCGUUUGAAUUUUCGCUAGUGUUUUUUUCAUACCACCGAAUGAAUUGCAAUUUAUUAUAACUUUCAGUGGAUGUAGUGUGGAAACACUUUUGGAAACACAAAAAGUUUACUUUAGGACCUCCGGAUUGCAGAACAAGAAAAUUUUUUCACGCAAUAGAUCUCGUUUUCGAGUUAUGAAGCUUCAAAGUGCGCAAAAUACGCAAACGGACAAAAAAAGCGCUAUUUCAAGAUUUUGAAGCGUUCUCAUUCGAACGAGAUCAAGAAAUUUUUUUUUUUGGUCUGCAAUCAGGGGGUCUUAAAGUACACUUCAGAGAAGUUUCAUCGAAAGUUCAACUGGAUAAAAAAGUUCCCUAGUAAGAAACUUUUACAGUUUUACCGGGAAAGUGAAAAAAAAAUUUCAGUUCGCUUUCAUUACUGGUUGAGUAACCUUGGAACCCUUCUCAAUUUUCAAGAGGAAAAAAUUAAAAUUCACUUUUUUCUUGGAGUAUAUUCUCAGAAAGACGUGAGGACUGAAGUUUUUUUCAAUCGGAGAAAAAAAUUCGUUUAAAAAAAUAAUAUUCCCGUUUCAGCUGUUUCUUAUAGGUUUGGUUUUCGUUUGAUAUCGCAGUGUUUUCUAAGAGCCAUAGAACCUGUUGACAUGCCAGAAAAAAAGGCAGCAAAAAAAGGAAAAAUUUCUAUGAAUCCUUUUUCCACUCUCUCCGACUUUGCCUAUGAAGCUAGAAGGAACUCUUCGAAAAAUAAUAGAUAUUUUAACAAUCAAUUUUUUCUCAAAAAAAAAAAAAAACAUCGAACGAAUAUUUCCAGUGGUACGAAGACUGGAAAUCGAAUCUGCCGGACCUUUCCCUGCCCGAAUGGGCGAAAUUCGACAGCAGUCCUGCUUGGGGCGAAGUUUCCGACAAAAUCCGAGCGAUUCGCGAAGGAUUCGGCGCAAAAGAUGGGGAGAGCAAGUGGGCCGAAUGGCUGGCCAAGUUGGAAGCUUUCCGGAAGGAUAAAGGUGCUCUGAAACUCGAAAUUGAUCUCAGUUAAUCGUUGAAGUUUUUAAGAAAACGGAAACGAAUCUGGCGGAAGUGGCAGUGGGCCGGAGAUCCCUGUGAAAGGUUUGAGAAAAAAACUUUUUAGGAAAAAGUUGGAAAGUUUUUCAAUGAAGAGCGAUUUGACAAGUUUUUUUAAAUUAGAAUUUUUUUCUAUUAAAGUUGGUUUUAGAGGGAUAGAAAAAAAGUUGGAAAAAGUAGACAUUUCCGUCGAAAAAUUUUAAUGAAAAAGAAUUUUUAGAAAGUUUCGAAUCGGAAUUUUUUUCUUGAAGAAAAUUCUUUUUUUCAGAUGUGAGUUUUUCCAUUUUCGGAGGAAUUUUUUUAAAAAAAUCAUUUCAAAAAAAGUUCCUAUCCGAGUUUUUUUCGACAAAAAUCGACUUUCAGAGGUAGAUCUCAUGCUAAACUUCUCUAAAGUUCGAAUAGUAAAAAAAUAAAAAAAUAAAAAAAUUUUUUUCUCGAUAAUGUGCCUUUCGAAUAAUAUUUGCAUUGUGAACUUCAUUUUUUUAAAAUGAAAUCUCGAACUUUCUCCAGAACCUGUACUACUUUCAUUCAUGGCCGCUUUCGGGAAGAAGGAAGAGGAGAAAAAAAGAAGACGAACCAUUGGAAGAGAGGAUCAAAAAGCUUCAAGAGGAAAUGCUCCGCACUCAGGUUUUUUUGGAUCAACAAAAAAACAAUAAUAAAUAUCUUUCCCGAAUGUUCCGAAAAAAAAAAUCGUUCACUUUUCGAGGGACAGUGAAAUGAAUUUUGAGCAAUUUCUUAAGUUUAAAACAGAAAAUAAAGCCUAAAAUCAUUAGAAACAAAAAAAUAAUGAAAGAUCUCUGUUUUAUUUCUUUAAAAAGAAGUAUUUUUUUAGCUUUUUUUCAAUUUUCCGUCCUGAAAUCGGUGAUAACCUGUUUGGCGAUAUUUUUUGUUUCUUUUGCUAGCUUGAUUGAAAGAUUUUUCUCAAGUAACUGUUUUUAUUUUUAUUUUUUUCAAAGUUCUAGGCAGUGAAUUUGAAGAAAACGGUGAAAACUUUUCAAACUUUUUUCAGCUCAUAAUUUUUCGUUGUUCUCUAAGUAUCCCAUUUCUUCUUGAAGAAAAAUUUACAAGUUGAAAAUUUUUGAUGAAAAAAAAACAUUUUUGAAAUUGAAUUCUGAAGUGUUUCACAGUAUACCAAUAAAAAAAUAUGAAAAAUCUUUUUCCACCAUAAAUCAUGGUAUUUUACAAAAAUUGAUAGAUUUUAUGCCGUGUAAUUUCGGCGAAAUGCGAAAUUAUCUCUGACCCUUCAAAAUUUAGUUAUCUUUUUUCAAUCUCUGAUGGGUAUUUUUUAUUUUCACGGAAUCACUUUGAACUCGGCAAUAACUUGAUUACAAGGAGAAAGUUAUGGAAAAAAAAUUUUUAGCUGAAAAUGUGAACGUGUUGGCAGCUUUUCAGCCAACAUUCAAAUAUUUUAAAUUCGAUUUUCAUAUGAAUCUUUUUGAAAUUCCAAUUUCAGAGUCAAUACCAACGCGAGCUGGAACGUCUGGAAAAGGAAAAUAAAGUCCUGAAACAGCGACUCUUGCUGUCGGAUCAAGGAGCCGUGAGAAGAUUGAAACGGUUGAAGGUAUCUUAUUACAAAAUUUGAAUUCUAAAAAAAAAUUCGUAGAAAAAAUAUCCACCAUGUAAAAUCAUAUGUAGGCUCAUUAAAAUGUUUAAAGCUUAUGGGUGUGUAGGUCGCUUACACAAAUGGUUUUCACAGUACUUAACCAAUAGAACUCAAUUUGUCCGCCUCAAUGAUGAGGUAUCCAACGAAACCGAGGUGUUGUCUGGGGUUCCACAAGGAAGCUGCUUAGGACCGUUGUUUUUUUCUUGAUAUACAUAAAUGAUAUAACUAGUGUCGUAAAAACAUAGCAAAAUGCUCAUUUAUGCAGAUGACGUAAAAAUUAUUCAUAAGCUCAGAAACUGAUAAUUACAACCUCAAGCUGCAAUCAGAUAUUAACUCAAUAAGAUACUGGCUUUUUAGAAAGGCAACUAUCUAUUUCUAGCUCUAAAAAGCGUCUAUGUGCGGUAUGGUAAAAGAAGGGGAAUCUGGAACGACUAUAGAAUAGGAGAGGAAUCCAUCCCCAAACAAGAGGUGAUUAGAGAUUUAGGAGUUAAUUUCAGUUCCGAUCUGAAAAAUGCAUCAUCAUAUCGACAUAAUAGUCAAAAAAAGCAUUCGUAUAAUCAAUAAUCUUUUUCCGUUGCUUCACUUUUUUUCCGUUAAAAAAACUUUAUGAACUGUUAUAAAGCCAAAAAUUCUACCAAUUUUAGAGUAUGGAUCAGAGCUAUUCUCUCCACUAACCCAAUCUGACAUAAACAGGCUAGAAUCGGUUCAAAGAAAAAUUCACCAAACGGCUUCUCCCAAAAAGAAACCUAUGCUGUAAGACUAAAAAUCCCUUUCUCUAGACACUCUAUGGACAAGGCGUCUGCGAAAAAGAUAUCAUAAUUACACAUCAGUUCAUAUAUGGCUAUUAUUGGUGUCCAUCUCCAUUCAAAUUACAAACGAUAUCAAAUAGACGAAACCAACUGAGAGGCAACGGCCUUAAAACUCGAACCCCCACCAAUCCAUCAUGUUCACUAUAACUUUAUUACGCAACGCGUGUAUAAAUACUGGAACGGCUUAAACAGAGUUAUGGUUUUUGAGGAUGACCAAAGAAGAUUUAAAAAGUUGUAUGAAAAAAAUUGGUUUUUUUGAUAAAGGAAGCUGCAAAUUUCGCAAAAAUGAUUCAACUCGUUUAUAGAUUGCUUUUUCUUUUUUUGAUUCUCUUCGAUUUCGACCUAAAAAUAUUUUUUUAGAUUAAAAUGGAACUUUAUCGAAGUGGAGGCAAAUAUAACUUUCAUGGUUCUCUUCCUCCACGCCACAGAUCUGUCUGUGAGCGAAAUAAACAUUCAUGUAAAUCGGGAAACCUUCUUUUCGAUUCUUUUUUGUUUAAAAAUCUUCUUGAUUACUAUUUUUUGACCAUAUGAGCAAAGUCCGAGGUCUUCACACCUCAUUUGGGCCCUCUGAUCUUACUCACCUCAUUGGUCAAGUGCCUAAGCGCGCUGUUCUCGUUAAAAGUGUCUUUGGUUCAAUCCCUCGUCGAAAAAUUUGCCAUUUCUCUGAAGCUAUGAAGAAAUCGAGAAGCUUUGAGCUGUACAAUCUUCCAAAAUAUCUCACAAAGAGUUUUCUGGAACUGUUCAGUGAUGAUUCGCGAUUGGCUGAGCUUAAAUCUUGUUCAGGGAAUUUUUUUAGAAAAAUGUUUAAAGAUGUCAGAGAUUUUUGUGGGAAAUGCUCUUUUUGAAAUUUUUUUAAAAAAAUAUAUCAAAAAAACUUCAGUUGAUUCAGGGAUUUUGAAGAAGUUAAUAGAAGGAUUGCCGUUUGAGGUGGCGAAUUCGCCAAUUUUUUUCUGUCCUUCAAGGAUUUUUCAAUACCUUUUUUUCUGUUCGAAAAAAAUCCAAGUUAAAAAAAUUUAUUUUUUUCGUGUUUCAUCGUUUUGGAUUAAUUGUUAUUAGUUAUGUUUUUUCAAAUAUUCAGCGAGUGAAACUCAAAACUUAUUCAAAACACCAGAAAGCGAAUUUUUUCUUGUUUUUUUUUUAUUCGAAUCCUCUUGUGCAAUUGAAAUAGUUGUAGUUGUUUUUUUGAUUCAAAAAAAUUUAAUUAUAAAAAUCUGAUUUUCAUCAUUAAAAAGGAACAGUUUUAACAUAAAUUUAUUUUUGGAGAGAUCUAUCACAGGAAAAGUCUGAACAGCCUCAAAAAUCCCUUAAAAAAGAGUCGGAAGCUCCUUUUUGAGAUCAAAGAAAAUGCCGAAAGUUUCUCGGAAUCCCCUUCUUUUCAUCUUCUUUCUCCUCCUUUUUUUUCCUCCUUAAAAGGUCCUUCAAGAAAAAGGUAGAAAAAAAGGCGCCUUUGAGACUUUUUGGACUUUGUUCGUGAUUUAGGAAGCCUCCAGAAUUAAUUUUUUUGGAAAAGAAGCAGUUUUUCUCACAAGUUUCAAAAAUUGGUUGCUCGAAAAACAAUCAUUUAUCUCAGAGGUCCCUGAUCGACAUGUACAGCGAGGUGUUGGAUCUCCUCAACGAGUACGAUUCUUCGUAUAAUACGGCGGACAAUUUGCCUCGCGUUGUAGUCGUCGGAGACCAGAGUGCAGGUUUGGAGAGAAAAAAUUUGUAGCUUCAAUUUGAUUUAUUUUGUAGCCGGAAUAUCGUCUUUUAUAUUGUAAGUGGUCUUGAAACAUCAACUAAGAAGAUUUUAAUGGACAUCCUGAGGUUUUAUUGUAAUAUAUCUUUCAAAAAAAUAUUCUAUUUGGUUAGGUUUUUUUCUCUAUAAACUAUCAGAUUCAUUGCCGUGUUUGAAAAAUGAGUAAUUUUAGCUUCAAUUAGAGACAUUUUUUUGUUUUGUAGGCAAAAGCAUCGGAUUUUUUUGUUUUGUAAGCGUUUUUGGAGAAUUUCAAGAACUCAAUAAUUUUAGAUUAUUUUUAAGCUCCUUUUUUAUAAUAUCUUCUCCAUAAAUAUAUUAAUUUAGUUUUGGUUAUCUUUCUGAUAUUUUUUUCGAUUCCUUGUCAGGUUUUGAAAAAAAGAUUAAUUUUAGCUUCAAUUUGAGUAAUUUUCAAUAAAAAUCUUCUGUUUUUUUGUUUUGUAAGCAGUCAUGAUGAAGAAGAAACUAUUUUUUUAAGGAUUUUUUUCAAGGACUUUUUUUCGAUCCAAAAAUAGAUUUCGCUUCAAUCAGCUUCCUGAGAGUUUUUUUAAUUUCUUGUCAGGUUUUGAAAAAAAUUAAUUUUAGCCUCAAUUUGAACCAUUUUUAGGCAAAAAAUGGGCUUUUUUAUGUUCCGUUAGUUGUCUCGAGGACCUCAGAAUAAAAUUAUCUUUUUGGAUCUUUUCAACCCUUUCAAUAUCUUCACAAAACAAAUAUCUGGCUAACUUUCUGAAAAUGUUCGCUGUUUGAACUGUCUGAUUCAUUUCCAGCCUCCGGAAAAGAAUGAUUGUAGCCUCAAUAUGAUUUAUUUUGUAGGCAAGACCUCGGUUCUCGAAAUGGUGGCUCAGGCGAGGAUUUUCCCGCGUGGAUCCGGCGAAAUGAUGACCCGAGCUCCUGUUAAGGUAGUUCAAUUCAUUCAUUAGGCGCAGACUUGUUCUGCGCCAUUUGGGUUUAGGCUGGAUUGGAAAAAAAAGGGCGUUUCGUUAAUAUUAUUUCCAUUCAAGCCUUCCUCGACCCUCUUUUUUUUCGAAUGAGAAAUUGUGCUCUUUAAUUACCGAUCAAUUAUUGGAGCUGGUUGUUCGGCUUCCGCUUUCAAAAAUAAACGUUUUGUUACAUUAAUUUUCAUUUCCCUCCACGAGAAAUAAUUUCCAGGUGACACUGUCUGAAGGACCGUACCACGUGGCGCAGUUCAAAGAUUCGUCGCGGGAGUUCGAUUUGAACAAGGAGCAGGACCUCCAGCAGCUCCGCUCUGAGAUCGAAGUCCGCAUGCGGAAUUCGGUCCGCGGCGGCAAAACCGUCUCCUAUGACGUCAUCGCCCUGACUGUCAAAGGUACCGAAUUUUAUGAAAAAUAAGAUCUCUUAAAGGCCUUAAAAAGAGGGGGAUUGCUAGAAAUCGAAGGGUUUUUCAAAAAGAGAAUCAAAAAAAAAACUAUGAUAAAAAAACCUAGAAAUUUUUUUAACUGAGAAAGAUGAGGUGUAAAAAUCAACGUGAAAAAUGAAAAAACUUGAAAAAGCUCCUCUUUUUACAACUUACAAGCAUUAGAGAAAAAAACCGGAAUUUGAAUCACCUACUCGCUCGAAAGAGGUUUUUUUAAUUUUAAUUUCAACCUUAUUUUGAAACUCUUCAUUGCAUUAUUUAAUUAGUUAAUUUUUCUUAAAAACCAUAGAAAACUUUCAAAAUUUCGAUUAUUAUAAGUAGACUGAGUUUUCAGUAUCCUUGACGGAAUCUACUUUUGCAUCUUUCACUGCGAGUUGAACUUCAAAAAUCCGCAAAUUUGAGAUUGGAACGAAUUUUGAGUAUUUUUCUCGAACAAUUGCUUUUUUGUUGUUGUUAUGCUUCUCAUUCCAAAAAUUUGACCAAGAAUCUGCAUUUUUAUUUUGAAUGUUUGUUUUGGAAAGUUAGAAUAAUUCUAUCAAUUGAAAGCUUCCGAAGAUUUCUGUGAAAUCAAAAAGAAAAGGUCUGCCCGUAUUUGGCUGAAGACUGCCGGCUGAUCAUUGAACCCUCUGAAGUGUGUAAAAAAAGGACGGAAAAGGGUUAUCUCGUGAUCGACGAUUCUUUGCGAAUUUUCGAGUACUUUCAAUUGGAAAUUCAUCGCUUUUUUUCUCGCUGUCUAUUAUUUGCUAUAACUAUGACUUCUGAAGCUUCUUGGUGCGUUUUUUAGAGAAAACCUUCCCUUGAGUUUAGUUUGAUGUGCCUUUUAUUUAUUUAUGUAAUAAAUGCGGGUAAGUAUUUUUUUUGAAAAAAAGUUUCUAAAUUUUGGAUUUAUAAAUUAGGAGCUCAAAUUUUAGAUUUUUCUUUUUCGGAUAUCAAAAGAUUUUUUUAAUUUUUUUUAUAUAUUAGUUUGUGGUUCCAUCAUCUAUUUAUUAUUUUUUUAAUGGUCUAAGUUUUUUUUUUUAUUAUCGAUGAGAAGCUAAUCGAUUAAUUUUUUUCUUAUUAAAAAAACUGUGUGAGCAGGAAAGAUUAGAUUUUUUUGUUAAUUUAUAAGAAGUUAAAAAGUGAAACAUAAAAAAACUAACGCUCAUAAAGCUUUUUGUUCGAAACUUUUUCCAAAAAAAUGCAGAAGUUUCUGUUUUUCCUUGUAUUAUUUGAACUUUUAGAAGCCCAAAAAGGGUCGUUUUCUAUUUUUCGACAGUAUAGGUCAUAGGUUAAAAAAAUAUUCAUCUCAGAAGUUUUUUUCUUUUUGGGAAAUUUUUUUCAAAAAAAUCGAAAUAGUAAAUUUUUUUCUGACUUUUUCUUUUUCGGUGGAAAUUUUUUUGUAUUUUUUUGUCAAAAAAACGGAUAAGUCAAAUAUGGUUUGUUCAUUUUUAAUAGGAUAUAUAGGAAAUGAGAUGAAAUUAAAGGGACAUAGCUUCAGCAAAAAAAAUGAGCACCGCUUUUAAGAAGCCGUCACGAGCAAAAUUACCGAUGUAGCUUGAAAAAAAUCUGAAUAAUUUUGCAAAAACGUUGAUUUUAACUUUAAAAAAAGCGAAAUCAUUGAUUUUCAAGGUCCGAGCCUCCCGCGAAUGGUCCUGGUCGACCUUCCCGGCGUCAUUUCGACGGUGACGGCCGAUAUGGCCAUGGAAACGAAGGAUGACAUCAUCCGGAUGAGCAAAGCCCACAUGGAGAACCCGAAUGCGAUCAUUUUGUGCAUUCAGGAUGGGUUUGAAAGGAAAGUAGAAAUAGAAAGGAGGAUUUCUGAGUUUAGGUCCGUCGACGCUGAACGAAGCAAUGUGACGGAUUUGGUGAGCAGCAUCGAUCCGAGUGGAAAGAGGACGAUCCUUGUUUUGACCAAGGUUUGGAAGUCUUCAGAGGAUGAUCCUACAAAAAGUAAUGGCCGAAAAUUGAAUAAUAUAAUCAAAAUUAGCUUGCUAUCUAUAAAUUUGAUUGGGAGUUCCAUUUUGAUAACUUUCAAUCUUUUUGUGUUGCUGACAGCUUUGUCGAAUUUUUCUGAAAAAGUUCCAAGAGUGACUAUUUUUCUACUUUUUGAGAGUUUCUAAAGAAUUUUUCAAUAGUUUGAUUCAGGUCGACAUGGCUGAGAAGAACCUCGCCAACCCUGACAGAAUCAAAAAGAUUUUGGAAGGAAAAUUGUUCCCGAUGAAGGCUUUGGGAUACUUUGGAGUGGUCACUGGCCGCGGAAAUAGUAGCGAUUCGAUCGAUGAGAUCCGAAAAUACGAGGAACAGUUCUUCGCGUCGAGUCAUUUGAUGAGGUUUGAGGAGGAAAUUGAGUUCAAAAGAGGCUGGAAAGUCGGGAAAAAAAAAUUUGAAAAGGAGCUUUUUUGUUUGUUCUUUGCAGUGGUUCGAACUGGGUAGAGAAAAAUUGAAAAACUGCGUGAAAUAAAUCAAAAAUUGAGGAUACUGAAAGAUGCAGAGUUUUUCUUAAGUGUUUCCUUUCAAGUUCUGAUCAAAAAAGAAUUUCGAAGAUUUUGAACCCAGGGAAGUUUUCUCCGAAAAGGUGCGGAAAAUGGCCAAUCGGUGAUUUUUUUGUUUCAAAUUUUAAUAUUUCGUGCAUUUUUUUAUUAUAGAUGUGAUUUAAUCACUUUAAAAGCCUUGUUUUUUAGGAAAAUUUCGAUGAAAUCCUUAUAAUAAUUUUUUUUGCGUAGAAUGGUCACGUUUAGAAAGAACAGCAGGAAAAAUGCUACUAUAUACAGAGAUUUUCUCAACUUUUACAUCGAAAAACUGCAAAUUUAAGAGCAAUAAGCAAAGGUCUUGAAACGAAGAUUGGUCCAAUUUAGAUGAUGCAGACUAUUUAAUCCUCCAUUCGGAGUUCAUAAAUUUAUUUUAGCACGUAAAAGCGGUUGCGCUAAUUUCUGUACAUAAGUAUAGCUCGUAUGAUAAUGCACGCAAGAUUUCGCAACGAUUUGUGGAUAUAUAAUUCUAGUGAAUGUUGUCUUUAUUUCAGAAAAAGGACAAGGAGUUGUAUGAAAAAAUAUAAAUCGAAAAAUAAAAACACUAUCUUGAAAAAACAUUUUUAGAAAUAUAGAAGAUCCUCGAUUUUAUUCAAAUUUUACAGGGACGGCAACCUGAAGCCCUCCCAAAUGACCACGAGAAACAUGUCCCUGGCAGUUUCCGAAUGUUUCUGGCGAAUGGUCCGAGAUUCGAUUGAUAGUCAAGCUGAUGCUUUCCGAGCUUCACGGUUACUUUUCUCAGUAUUUUCAGAAUUUAUGUAGUUUUUUCAAGAUUCAACUUGGAGACGGAGUGGAAAAACAACUUCCCAAGAGUUCGGCAGCUCGACCGCGAUGAGCUUUUCGAUAAGGUAAUGUUUUAGGAGAGUGCAAAAACUGAUGGAAAUAAAGUUUUCAGACUUUAGCUCGAUAAUUUACAAUAAUCAAUGCCUUUUGACAAGUUUCUAGAUCCAUUAAGAUUUGAAAAAUUGUUUCACAGUUCAAGAUUUAAUUUUGAACAAAAUUGUACAGAUUUAUUUUAGAAUUUCUGAGAAUUUCAGAAAAUUUACGGUUCUUAACAACCAAAUUUUAAGUAUGUGCUCAUAAAAUUUUCGUAGAUGCUGUAAUUUUUUCAGAGAAGAUAGAAAAAAGUCGAAGUUUUCAGAAAGAAUACCUUUUUGAACUCGAACUUCAAGAUUUAUGGCGUUUUGAAAUUUUUUAGCACGAAAUAGAACUAUUUUGAAAGUUCAGUGUUCAAACUUAAACCGUGGAAGAAAGGGAGCAUUAUCUACCAAAACAGUUAUUAUAUUUGACCUUAAAAUAUUCUUGCUCACAUUUUAUGAAAACUCGUUUAUUUUUUAGAUUUGUUUGACAAAAAAGGAACACAUUUUUUACACUGUGAAUAGUACCCGAAACGAUUGAGGAAAAAAGAUAAAUUUCACAACCUUUUGAAGCUUUCAUCGAAAGCGAAUGAACUUCUUAAAAUAUAUCUAUGGUAAACUUUGAAGAUUUUUUCUUCAAACGGCUGUUAGUUGUUUAUUUAUUUUUUAUUUAUUCAGGCUCGAGGCGAGAUUCUGGACGAAAUCGUGAAUCUUUCGCUGGUCGGCGUCGAAGAAUGGGAGAAAAUGCUGCACAAGAAGCUGUGGGACGGCGUCGCCGACCACUUCUUCGACCAGAUUCUCAUGCCCGCUUAUGCCAGCGAUAAUCCCGGGUUUAUCCCAUUUUUCCCCCCGGGUGCCUUAUUUUUGGCACUUUCAGGACUUUCAACACUAUGGUGGAUAUACGGCUCAAGCACUUUGCCGACAAGGAUUUGGCCACGAAAAGCAUUUCGGUUUUUUUUAUUUUGCUUUGUUUUUGCCUGUUUUCGGAUGAUUUGAAUCUUUAAAACAAAUGUCGAGAUCAAAGUUUUCAUUUAUCAUUUGCAUGAGUUAAAUUGACCGAAGAAACGUUAGGAAAAACCUGUAUUUUUUUUUUAAAUUUAGGGAUUUUUUUUUACGCAAAAUUUGAAGAUUACCCGUUUUUUUUUUUUGCCUUCCCACCGAAAUUAUCAAACAGUAGGAACCAGAUAAAAAUUUUUUUGUUCCAUAAAUUAUUCAUAAAAAAAUUAUUUCUCAGAGAAAAAAAUUGGCUUUUUGAGAAUUGAUGUUAUAAUCAGUUGAUCAUCAGGUUAUACAAAGUUUUGAUUUUUUUAAUUCUUUUUCGGAUUCUUAACCCGAUUUUUACCAUCGAAAAAAAUCAUCGUGAAACCCGUUUUAUUCAGAAAAAAUCGAGAAAAAAACUUUGAUAACUUGAAAAAAAUGGUUCUUUAUUUUCUGAUAACUGAUCCCGUUUUUCUGACAAAUUUUUUUAGUGAACUUUUUUUAUUCUAUUUGCGGAAACUUCAAUUUUAUAGCUGGAAUCGAUAAGAAAGAUCAAAAAAAUAAUUAUUUUCAAAUAUUGAUUGAGAUUUUCGUCAAAAAUUAUGACAAAUUCCAGCUCUUGACUCGAUUAAAUUUUUUUCUUAGAGCGUAUUUUUUUCAGAAUAAUGUUUUUUUAAAAAAACCAAUCUUGUUUUAAAAAAAUCCAAAUCCAUUUUUUUAACUUUUCGAUUCAAAAAAAGUAGUUUCUUCAUUCAUCGAGAUAUCAACGGAAUUUUUUUCAAGAUCCGAAGAAAAAAAUGAUUUGUUUGAAAAAAACGAUUAAAAAAACAAUUUUUAGACGGGUUGGGAAACUCUUCGAGAGGUCUUUCUGCGACAAAUCAAGCAGGAUGUCGUUGCUCGACGGGAUCACGAUCCGAUUUUCGACCCAUUAAAAGAAGCCGUCAUUGAAGAAGCUAUGAGUACGCAUCAGUGGGACGAGAAGGCCAUGGACUACUUGGUGAGUGAAAAAAAAAGAAGAAAAAAGCGUAGUUUUUGAAGGAAAAAAACGACAAAAAUGAAACCUGAAAUUUUCUAAAGCAGUGGAAAUUUUUGUCGUUUGCCCGAAUUUUUCUCCGCCUAAGGGCAUUUCAAAUUCGUGAUCCGGGUUUCAGAGUUGAGAAGUUCAUUGGAAAUUUCUUAAAGUAUUUUUUUCAAAUUUUUCGAAAUUUCUUUAGUCAGGUACUCAGCAAAAUCACAUUAUUUGCACCUAAAAAUCUCCUUUUUUCAUAUAGAAAUAAUUGAAUUUUCGGGACUUUUUUUGCAGCGCGUCAUCCAAUUGAAUGCGAUGGAAGACCGCGCCGUGCAGGACCGAAGAUCGUGGGAGUCGGCGUGCAAUUUCCUCAGCAAAGUGAUUAUCCACUAGAGCUCUCAAAAAUGUCGUUCCGUCGGAAUCGACGUGUUGAAAUGUCUGACCUUUCUGUUUUCAAAAUGACGACUUUUUGGGAAAAAAAUAUGUAUUUUUGCUGGAAGUUAUUAUUAAAAAGCCGUUCAAAUGUUCAUUUUUAAGAGCUCUAUUUUCCACUGCCUUUUUCUCGUUAUAAUGUACCUUUUUGCCCUGUGAAGGCGGCCACGGAGAGACUGACCGAGGUGAAAAAGCAGCUGGACGAGGGCCGAGGACCGUCUUGGCUGUCCAAGUGGGUCUUCUGGAGGACCCCCACCGCCGACAAUCACUACGCCUGUCUUAUUCAGGACGAGCUCAAGACCUUGCUCGCCAAUGAUCCGGUUCGUUUUUUGGAGAUAUCCAUGUUUAAUUUCUUCAAAACUGGCGCGAACUUUUAAUCUUUCUGCAUGUAGGAGAACAAUAAGAUUGAUAAGAUUUCAGAAAUGUUUCUUUAAUUUAUCCUUUUUUUUCAUUAUUUUUUUGUCAAACUUUAUAUUUAUUCAAAGACCGUUGUAGCUCUACUGUUUGGUAAAUCAUUUGUUGAUAAUUAAAAUUUGAAAAAAAAUAAUUACGAAAACCGAUGAAAAGAAAAUAAUGAAGUUGAAAAGAAAGCUAUUGAUCAAUUAAUUUUUCAGUAAAAGUUCGAAAAAAAAUUUUUUGAGAAGAAAGUUUAGCCCAGGUAAAAUGAGCAGGCGUUUGUGAAAGCUGAAAAUUGGAAUUUUCUAUGAAAUGGGAAUUUUCUGAUUUUUUUUGGGUUUUGUUUUUGUUUCUGAGAAUUCCAAAGCUUUUCCGCGAAAGACGUUUAAAAAAAAAAUAAAAGCAGCUUUAUUUGAAUUUCCUAAGCUUCCUGGAAAUCGAGACCUUGAAGUCAUUUCUAUGAGGAGAUUUAUGGGAAUUAAAGAAACUUUUAAAUGAAAACUUGUGAAAAUCGAGGAUGAAGCUUCAAUAAUAAUGAUUUAUUGACACUAACGAGUGCACUUGGAUCUAUAAUUUAAGAGAAUACAUUAUGCCGUGUUCAAUUUGAUUCCGCGAAAUCAAAAUACCCGUUAGAAAAAGGAACAGAUCCCUAAAUUUUGGAGAGUCAGAGAUCAUUUUGCAUUUCGCGGAAUCAAAUUGAACACGGCAUUAUAAACUUAUACAUCAUUUGAGUCUUGAAGGAAUAGAUGUGAAGAUUUUGUGUAAUGGUAGAUUGAAUAGUCAAUUUUUUAAGUUUCUGCAGAAAUAAUAUUCAUUAUUUUCUUAGGAGCACAAACAGCAGCUGACUGACGAGGAUAUCACGGUUAUCAGGCGGAAUAUCGAAACGAAAGGCGUCCUGGACAUUCCAACGGAAACGAUCCGGAAACAGUGGAAACUCGUCUUCAAAAAGCACUUCUUGGAGCGAAUCGUUCAAGUUUUGCUCGGUUUUUGGCUGAGAUUCAAAAAAAUCCUUGUAGUCGAGCCGCGAAUGCCUAUCCCUGUAUCAAAUUUAUCGCGAAGGCCUCGCCGAGGGACAGGACAUCGACUGUCAGACGAUUGUGCUGUUUUACAGGUAAUACUUGGGAAAAUGAAGCCCUUUUUUUCCGAAGAUUUUAAAUAAAUCAUCUUGUAGUGGAAGCAAGUGCGCUCCAGUGAGAAAAUCCUCUUUUUUCAAAAUUUUUCACAUUUUUUGGGAAUCUAUGUUCUUCGGAGCUUUUAGAGCAGUAUAGAGUUUCAUUUUUGUACGCUCUCUUACUUAUAGAACCACCAGAAAGGGUCCCUAGAGGGAUUAAAAAGUGCUCCGUAGAGUGGAAAAAUCUAGGUAGUCCCUAUAGGGGUAUAAAGUGGGAUAACCCUAAAGCUUAAGCUUGAAAUGCUCCUUCCCAUAGGCUACAUAAAAAACGAACAAAGGCUCCCCUAUAGUGAUCACUUUAGCAUUAUUUAGUGCCCUUUUAAGGAGAGAUAAAAUGAUCUCUUGAGAAGAACCUACAAAUGCCCCUCUAGGGACCACUCUGGAGUUCUUAAUUCAUUUCAAAGGUUCGAAACUAGACUCUAGUUUGGGGGCUCUUCGAAGUUUUCACUGAAAAUAUCGAUAAGUUUCAAAUUUUCACAUUUUAAUAGCUGUUUUUUUUUGGGAUUUAGGAGGAUCUACCAAGAGGAAAAAGAAAUCUGAUUUUAUCAAUUGAAGAUGCUUAAAUAAAUCUAUAAGGUCUUUCAUUUUAGGAUACAAAAAAUGAUCAAUUUGACGUGUAAUGCGCUGAGGCAGCAGAUCACCAACACUGAACAACGGCGAUUGGAAAAAGAAAUUAAGGUCUGUUUUUAUUUUUCAAUUUGAAGAUUUUCGAAAAAAAAAGUUAUUUUCCGACGGUUUUAGUUCGAUGAGUGUUCCUUGUUUGGCCCAAAAUCAACAACCAGAUUAUCAUCCCUUUUUUUAUUUACAGGACGUUCUUGAUGAUUGGUCCCAAGAAGCUGAUAAGAAAAAGGAGUUUUUGACUGGUCGCCGAGUUGAUCUUGCCGAGGAAAUAAGUGAAUCUGAACCCGAAUUUCGAAAUAAUUCUAUGAUUUCAGAGCAAGUCCGCCGGAUUCAGGAGAAGCUGGAGGAGUUCAUGACGCAGCUGCAACGCGAAAAAGUCUAG